CGUGUAUCGACUUGGAUGACGCUUUUCAACAUGGCAGCGACCUUGUGCGGAAAGCUGUUCACCAGUCCGGCAUGGCUGCCCCUAACUCAAAGUGUCCGGCAUGGGUCAAAAGCUGUCACUCGGCACAGGAAGCCAAUGCACAUCCUCAAGCAGAAACUGUUAGCUGUGACAAAAUACAUGCCCCCAAAGCCUGGACCACCUGUAGGCUCUUUGGCCCCCCGCCCCAAGAGGAUCGAGGAGGAGAGUGGCUUGAUGAGGAUUUUGAAGAGAGAUCUCGAGGAGGUGUUCAGGGAUAAUAAGAUGGUUGCUGUGGCCCAAAACAGUUCCUCCAGUGCCGAGGACAUGCUACUUCUGAAGCACAGGCUUAAGAAGCACGACAUCAGGGUCAGGUUUUUUCCUAACCAGGUUACCAGGGCUUUUUUACCUGGAAGUCCAUACAGAAAUAUGGCACCACUGUUCACAGGGCCAACUAUCCUGUUGGUUAGCAAAGAACCCAAAGCAAAGCAGAUGCUCGUUACAUUGCGAGGCAGCCCUCAGAUAGCACUCCUUGGGGCCUGCAUAGACAACGCGCUGCUGUCGCGCCAGGGCAUCCUCGAGUACUCCAAGCUGCCCACCAUGACCACCGUGCAGGGCGAGCUGGUGAGCAGCCUGACCCUGAUGACGUCCCGCACGGUGUCCCUGCUGCAGCGGCACCCGGCCCACCUGAGCGCCCUGCUGCAGCAGUACGCCAAGCAGCUGAGCCCCGAGGAAGCCACCGGGGACGGCGCCAAGGAGGCCCCUUCUCAGCCCACGGAGGCAGCGUGACGGGAUCACAUCUCCUCCUUCUCCAUCUACUCCUCCCUCUACUCCUCCCGUCCCCACCCUCCAGUGUAGAAAGAGUGAGUGAGUGAGUGAGUGAGUGAGUGAGUGAGUGAGUGAGUGAGUGAGUGAGGGAGGGAGUGAGGGAGUGAGUGAGGGAGAGGUGAGAGACUGAGAGAGAGGGCGAGUUUGCAGAGGAGGGUUUGCAGACUGUUUGCAACCAUGCCAUUUGACCUCCUCUUGCCACCAGGUUUGGCUCACUGGACUUGGACCUUUCCUAUUGUACUAUAAGAAGUGUGUGGUGUUCAUUGGGUAGAAACUAUUGAUGUCACCUGUUAAAGAUGUAAUUUAAAACAAAUUUCUAAGUUCAUACAAAUGUCUGUCUCUUUUUAUUCUAGUUGGUAUUUUCUGCCUCACAAAAUUCCAAAUGUAAAUUUUGAUGUGCUGCGACUACACAGUGAAAAGCUGUGAAGAAGCUUCUAGAAUGUCAUUGGGAUGUAAGUGAUGGAGCCAACCGGAAAUAUUUACUGGGGUGCAUUGCGUCAGCAGCAGUUUUGCCCAGCAAAAUCCCUGCGCCAUAUGAUUUUCAUCUUGUAAAAGUCAGGCAUGUAUGAGUGCAGCCAAAAUAAACACUAGUGGUC